CACCUGACUUUUUUAUUCAGAAUCCAAGCAACGUGCAAACACAUCAGUGGCCUCUUGUUUGCAGUCGUUGAAGCAGUGGAACAGGGGAAGAAUUCAUCAUGUACAUCUCAGCAGCAAGCAUGGGGCCAAGGUCCGAAGAAGGGACAAUCUGUCCAUGAUUGCCAGUUUGCCAAGAGCAUCAAGCGUGUUGGUGUAAAGGCCGAUGUAACUCGGCAAACGUCCAGAAGCACUAGAAUUUACAGGUCAGAAUUCGAGCCCAGAGUUUUGGCACAUCGAAACAAAAGGCCAGUAUCUGCCUUUAACAUUGAUGCACUGGCAGAUAUUACCAAUGGUAAUUGUGGAAUGCUCAUGUAUGUCAAACAACAGGAAGAGUUUGAAACAACUCAAGGAGUCUUAACUGUCAAAGAAGCAUAUCAAAAGGCCAGUGCCGAUGAUGUCAUCAAGGGACUUGAACUGAAUCAUCACCAGCAGAUACUGUUGGCGAAUGAUGCAAAGAAACAAACAUCCUCUACCUUGUGGACACAGCAUCGUAUAGGACGAAUAACGGCAAGUGUAGCAGGAGAUUGUGCUGCAUCCAUUAAGGAAAACGGUUUGUCGGGCCAUUCCCAAAUAGCUAGAGCCAUGGGCUACUAUGAUUCGCCACACUCAUCUGCUCUUACCUGGGGUAGAAUGCAGGAAACUUUAGCAAGAAAACAAUAUGUAGCAUGGCACAGGCUUCAUUACAAACACAAGGGGGUUACCUGUGAAGAGACGGGUCUGUGGGUCUACGUCAUGAAGCAAUUCUGAGUAAGGAAAUAAGAUACAUGUAGA